AUGCCAAAGGGAUACGCCAUUCACGACACGAAGAACUGGACCGAUUUCAAGGUCAUCGAUUUCGAGCUCAAGGACGACGAUGUCGAGGUAUCCAUUACUCACUGCGGUAUCUGUGGCUCCGACCUGCACACCAUCUCGGGUGGCUGGUACGUAUCCAAGCGGGGUCUACUAACUCGUGCAGAGGUCGGUAAGAAUGUCAAGGAUAUCAAGGUCGGCGACCGCGUGGGUAUCGGUGCGCAGGUCGGUUCAUGCAUGAACUGCCACCCAUGCAAGCACGACAACGAGAACUACUGCAUUGGCGAUGGCAAGGGCCACAUGGUGGACACGUACAACUCGCACUGGCCCGAUGGUAGCAUUGCUCAGGGUGGUUACUCGACUGCGAUCCGCGCACACCAGCAGUUCGUGUUCCCGAUCCCAGAGGGUCUCAAGUCGGAACACGCGGCACCCAUGCUUUGCGCCGGUCUUACCGUGUACAGUCCUCUCUUCCGCAACAAGGUCGGCCCUGGCAUGCGCGUCGCCAUUGUGGGCAUUGGCGGUCUCGGCCACUUUGGUGUCAUGUUCGCCAAGGCUAUGGGUGCUGACGUCGUUGCGAUCUCUCACUCGGCCUCGAAGGAGAAGGAUGCGCUGAAGAUGGGCGCGACCAAGUUCGUCUCUACUAAGGAGGACCCCAACUGGGCAGAGCAUUUCAAGAACGAGCCGUUCGACCUGAUCAUCAACACGGCGUCGUCGUCGGCGGUGGACGUUCCUGGUAUGAUCUCCUCGCUGAAGACGGACGGCCGUCUGAUCUGUGUGGGCAUGCCAGAAGACGAGAUCAGGGUGCGUGUGCAACAUCUGGCGAUGCGCAGCGCUCUCCUGGGCAGCAGUCACAUUGGCAACAAGACCGAGGCGCUGAGCAUGCUCAAGCUUGCGGCAGAGAAGAACAUCGAGCCUUGGAUUGAGCUCGUCGACAUGAAGGAUUGCUCCAAGGCCAUGGAGCGUGUCUCGAAGGGUGACAGUAUGUAUUACAUGGGUUCUAACGCGGCAGUUCGCUACCGCUUCGUGCUCAAGCAGGACCUGGCUUGA